UUUAAUCACACAAACAUUAUUUAAAACUGCGCUCAAUUUCCCUGCUUUUAUUUUGUGUGCAAGAAGGCUCACGAACCGGAAACGACCUUGCUGCUACGUAGUUGUGAGCUUCACACACCUGGAGGGAUUCACGCGCAGGCCCCGCCCCCCUCCAUUACAGAGACUACACAGCCGUUGAGAAAAACCCUUCGUAGACACGCCCAUCGCAAAACCAGGCCCUCCCAUUGGUCACCUCUAAGCUAAGGAGGAACCUGAUUGGCUGGAAAUGUCAACGUUUUACGAUACAUAGACUCUUGAAUGGAGUCUAUUCCUUACGCUGAAUUUUUUUUAUUUAUUUAUUUUUUACUAGCUAAAAAAACAAAACUACAACAUAGCAAGUUGUGAAGCGAUGAGGAAGAACAUUUGCGUGGUAUUUUGGAGAAAACCGACGCCGGCAGGAUUUAAAAGAAGACACUGAAGGUGAUACUUCGCUCCACAAGAUGGCAGUAAUGACUCAGGAAAUUAGCUAGCUGCCUUUUAAAAAACCUCAAAGAAGGAGAACCCCACUGCGCAUGCGUACACAUAUAGGUAAGUAUGCCUAUAUAGUGCAGUUUGUGUUCAGUUCUCAGCAUGGCGCUGGUUCCGUACGUAGACAAUUCGUUACCUGCGCUCUCCAAACUCCACAACUCAUCGGCACAGUUUCGGUUCGCCAACCACGACCUCCGUCUCGCCCAGGACUGGAAAAAGCUCGGGGUAGCAGCAGUAGUGUGGGACGCGGCGGUUGUUAUGUGUAUGUACCUGGAGCUGGGGAAGGUGGAGGUGAAGGGGAAGGAAGCUAUUGAACUGGGAGCUGGCACUGGACUGGUGGGCAUUGUGACAGCCCUGCUGGGUGCCAAAGUGACCAUCACUGACAGGCAGCCUGCCCUGGACUUCCUGUCUACCAAUGUGAAGGCCAACCUGCCCCCAGACUCCCAGGGUUCAGUGGUUGUGUCUGAGCUGUCCUGGGGCGAGGGCCUCGAACAAUACCCAGCAGGGGGAUUCGAUCUGGUGCUGGGAGCAGACAUCGUUUACCUGGAGGACACCUUCGUGCCACUGCUGCAGACUCUGGAGCACCUGUGUUCAGACACCAGCGUGGUGUUACUGGCCUGUAAGAUCCGCUACAAGCGAGACACAGACUUCCUGAGCAUGCUGAGGCAGCGGUUCACAGUCGAAGAGGUCUACUACGACAAACAGAGGGACAUCCAUGUGUAUAAAUCUUGGAAACUGCCACCUAGGAAGGAUUUGUGACAACUGAGUGCGAACUAGUCAGUUUUCAUUCAUUGAUUGCCUUCUUAUUUGUAAUUAUUUAGUUUUUUUUUGCAUAAGAAUCAAAUAAAAUGUUCAAAAAUCCUCAAAGAUUACCAGAAACACAUUUAUUAACAGCUGCCAAAAAUGUAAUAUUUCAAUAGCUCUAACAUAAUGCACUGUUUUAUACAAGUUGGUGCCGACAUUUAGAAAUUGUGAAUACAAAAUUAAUGAAAAGCAACAUAAAAAAAAGCAUACUAUGUAAUGACAAUACAUAAUACCUAAAGUAAUACAAUAUGGCAUUUCAUCAUCAUGAAAGUAUCCAUUUUGUUCACCGUGAAGUCAUUGUCUUUUUGAUUUGGUCGUAUUUUACAAUGCUUUCGCAGGGUGUCCGACAGGUGCAAUCGAACCGUACUCGGUGAGAUAUGAGGCCCGGCACAACUAAUAACAUCUAAUGAAAUGCACGAUGAUGCCUUGAUCAUCACUAAGCAACAAAACACUCAUGGACAGUAACUGAUGACUGGUUAGCAGGGUUACUGUAGAGUAAAACCUUGCGGCGCUGCGUGAGAUUUUCCCGUGAAAUGUGUGAGGAUUGUAUAUGCAAGGAAAGUGCGCAUGCCACUUUGUAAUCCUGUAAACAGAACUCUGAAGCGGCCUCUGCUGAUGAUGCCUUAUCAAAACUUUCCCCAACAACAAAAUGGUGUGCUCAUGACAUGUUCAAAGACGGUAUAAUACACCAACAUUCAAGGCGACCCAUGAUUCCAGUGAUGGACCGCGUGCUUCCAAAGUUUGUUUAGAAAUAUGGAGUGAAAGGUGAGCGACCAUUGUAGCUCACCGGGUAGAAUGCGCACUUGGUAUGGGACGAUAUGAAUAUUUCAUUUCACAAUUUUCCUGGCCAAACUAACUGCGAUUGACAUCUUGAUAAUCAACAACAUAUUAAAACUCUUUAAAAUGGCAUUUUAAGAUACUGGGAUCAUUUUACCUUACAUUUUGCUAAGAAACAUAUUUUUAUUGCGUCACAGAUGGUACACCUCGGGCCUGCAUCUCACCUCUCUAUCGUUCUUUAGUUCGGAAUCCAAAGUAUUUGCACACAUGCGAAUUAACGUCGUUUGUGGGGAAUACAGCGCGGCAAGCCGAGCCCUCACACAUGGUGACUUUGGAAUGAUUGGAAAGAUGCAGGCUCCAUUUAGAGGAGGGAGGGAGAUCAAUAUUAGAGUGUACGUUAGCAAGCAAGACCGCUUUUCAAGUCACUCAUGAGGAUAUUCCCGAUUAUCCCGAUAAUGGAAAUUCAUCAAACUCAUCUGAGUGUUUUUAAAUCGCGAUAAAACCGCGUAUCGUCCCAUCCCUAGCGCAGACUUUGUGUCGUGGCUGAGCAUUUACAGUAGUGGCCCAUGUUCGAGUCGCGUACUGAGGCCCUUUCCUGCAUGUCAUUCGUUCUCUUUCUAUUGUCCUGCCAAUAAAAGCUAAAAGGCAACAAAAAAGAAGAAGACAUAUGCAGGCAUGGUAUUUCUUCCAUUGCAAAACAAGUAAGGCUCAUUGUUUUUGACUUUUCUUCAAAUCCAGGAAUUAAUAAAAUGAAUCUAAAAGAAAUCCAUAAUACAAAAUUAUGGGAGAAGACAGCGCAAACACUGUCAUUUAACCGUUUUAUGUUUACAUCAUUUACUCUGAUGCAUGAGCAGCAGUUCAUCUGAGUUUUAUUCAAAUUUUUCUGAACAAUUAACUAUGACCAGAGGCAUAUUAUGCCACGGGGACCCUGUUUAUUCUAAAGUACAGUGAGCUAAACGAAACUAAAUUAGUCUGCUCCUUUUAUAUGUCUGGGGAUGUUUGAUUGCCAGAAACAAAAAAACAAAGAGCCUUACUUAGGAAUAUGAUUUGAAACAUGCAUCAGAGACCCAAUAAACACUUGAAGAGUUAAAUAAAUGUUCCGCUUGAGAGAUUUUCAACUACAGUCUCUUUUUUUGUUCAUGUCGUAUCAAGGCAGAGUAAAUUAAAGUAGUAAAAAAAAAAAAAA